CCGACUUACGAGACAUGGCGAAAGAUAUCUGAGUUACGAAACAAUCCGACACAGGGAAGUCGGUGACCUACAUCCAAACCCACACGAACUGCAUCGUAUCCGCUGAUUAAUAUCAUGAAGGUUGAGAUGUUCUCAAACAGACAUGGACCUUUUUUUAAAUGAAAGUUGUCGCGAGAGAUAGUGUCCUCACGUGCCAGUGACACUGAUUGCAACUUGUGUCAAACUGUCAGCUUUACAACACAAGACUGUGGCAUUGCAAGCAACAGGUGCCAGGUGAUCAGCCCUCCAACUUACAACACAUGUAGAUGAAGGAUAGACUCUUGGUCAACAACCAACCCGUUGUCUUCAUCAAAGACAGUGUCACACUCUUGCACAACCACCGCGCAUGUCACGUGCCUUGUACUAUUAUUAGUACCUUACGUCACGUGACUACUACUGUAAUAAAGUGAGUUCAAAGCAUCACUCAGCACUCAAGGGUGCAGACAGCAAAAUGAGAGGACAUCAGCUGUGUCUGCUCACCUGGACUAUAGCAGUCGGUGUGAUUACAGGUUCACAUGGUCAGUGUGCUACUAACAACCCCACACCUGAACUCCUAGCAACAGUCUUUGCAAGAGACCUCGAGUUCCAUUUGUCUCCAAGCAACACAAAUAACACAAGCUGUCAGUGGCUCAUCAGCUCUAGGAACAGUGCCAGACUGCACUUACUUCUCAACCCACAGCUUCGCUCAGACAACGGAUCAUGCGUCGACAACAUCAAGGUCUAUGAUGGUAACUCUUCCUCUUCCCCCAUACUGCUGUCGACCUGCUCCAGAAAUGUCUUACCCAUCUACAGCAGCGGAAGUGACGUAUUGGUCUCUUUCACUGCUGGAAAUGACGACACCGAUAACAAUAGCAGUUUCAUCAUCCAAUACAGAACCUUCCAACCAAGGAGGACAAGCUGCUCGUCAUAUGAGGUCCUCAACGCCACAAACAUUCCUCAAGACAUGGAUUAUACAAGCGACCCCAUAAGCUUCGAUUACACAGACAGAUGCUGGACCAUCGAAAGAGACAAUAGCUCCUCUAUAAUAAGUGUUAAUUUUACUGAGGUACACAUGGACUCCUGUGGACAGCAAAACUGCUCUUGUGACACAGUUGAAGUGAUGUCAGGUGGAACACUAGGCUUCAAGACUUUAGGGGAGGUGUGCGGGGAGCACGGAGAUCACGUGUUUAACACCAGCCAACAGUUUCUCUACAUCUCCCUUCGACCGAGUCUCUCCUACACAAGACGUCACUUCCGGCUCACCUAUUGGAGUUUCUACAGAGAAGAUACCAAGUCAAACAUUUCAAUAAGUCCCGGGCAGAAAUAUCACCUGAGCUACCCAGGAAAUAUGCUCCAAUACCCGAACAACACUGACCGCGGGUGGGUCUUUCACAUCACCAACCCACAGUAUGUUCUGCAUCUCAAUUUGACUUUCAUGGACAUUGAGUGGGCGGCAGCUGGUUGCUAUGACUAUAUUGAGAUAUUUGACAGUUCUUUGGAAACAAAGCGACUGGACAGAUUGUGUGGGGUCCAGGCAGGAAGACAGUACUACAGCACUGGCCAGACUUUGUACAUCAAGUUCCACAGCGACGAUUCCGUUAGUAGAAAAGGUUUUAACUUGACUGCGAGGCGGUGCUUCGAGAAGCCGUGCACCCAACCUCAGUUUGCAACUCCUCCAUCAGCCUGGUUGCAUUUUUUGGCCAGCAGCAGUUGAAGUACCCACCAAGCUCCAACAUGUACCUAAACAACGCCUACUCAUGCUGGCUGUUUGAAACCUUCAACUCAAACACUGUCAUCAAGAUCACCUUGAACACUGAUGUCGAGCCCUCGUCGCCUGCCUGCAGCGGCAACUACAUCGAGGUGUUCGACG